UUAUAAACGGGAAUCAGUUUGCGGCAGGAAUAUUGGGCAUAGUGUACAAUUUAUUUAUUUAUUCUAUCUAUUUAUAUUAAGGAUUUGUUUACAAUUUAAAGUAAAGCAAUGUCGGAUACCGCGUUUGACGAACGUCUCAUAGAUCUUGUGGAACAAAAUGAUAUUCUUUACAAUAAGGAACAUCAAAACUACCAGAGCAUAUCGGUAAAGAAACGAGUGUGGAUAAGUAUAGCUGAACAAUUAGGAUGCAAUGAGGAACAUGCCAUUAAACGCUACCGUGAGUUACGCGACCGUUUUGUCAGGUCCAAGCGUAUGGAGCUCAUACGAGGUGAAGUCACCAGAAAGCCAUCUUAUAUUGUCGGUAGAAUGAACUUUUUGACACCCCAUAUAUUUAACAAAAGGAGCAAUGCCAAAGUUACAUGGGCCGGUGAUGUACCAGUGUUAACACCCGCUUUGGAGAGAUCACAGGAGGAGCCCAAUUAUUCAGACAAUGAUGUUUACGAGGACUCUGUAUAUUCCGCAAAACCUGAGUAUGAUUCCAUGAAUGAGGAAGUUAUUGUAAAUCACGAGCCAGACCAGGAAUUUGUUGAUGAAAAUGAAGACGAAGCUUUCAGUGACUCUGGGAAUAUUACGGGAUCAGACACUGAAAUGUUUACCGAAGCAUUUCAUAGUUUUAAACAGUUGUGCGAAUCACAAGAAGAUUCCAAAGAAAGUGAAGCUCUACGUGGCUUUGUUCAAAUGAUUAUGGCCACCAUUGAGGCUAUGAGUCCAAAGAAACAAAUCAAAGCAAUGAUGCGUGUAACAGAAGUGGUAAUGAAGAUACGAAUGGAAGAUUAGAUUUAUAGAACUAAAAUAGCAAAAACAAUAUACAUAUAAGGCAUUUUAACAUAAGUGACAGUAUUAGGGUAGUAUAUAGACAUUCAAAAAGUAUACUGGCAUCACUGUUAGCUUAGUAAUAAAUAGUAUGUCUUAGGGCCCGAUUAUGGAUGAUGAACGCAACUUUAGUUGCGUUGCCAGGAGAUAAAAACAUGAAAUAAAAAUAAGUAAAAGUUUGGAAA